CCUAAUUUCUAGAAUAUUUCCUUCAUUCCAGAUUAUGAUGAUGGCUUUUCGAUGAAGCAUACAGCCACCGCCCGUUUCCAGAGAAACCACCGCCUCAUCAGUGAGAUCCUCAGUGAGAGUGUGGUGCCUGAUGUGCGGUCGGUUGUCACAACAGCUAGAAUGCAGGUCCUCAAGAGACAGGUCCAGUCUUUAAUGGUUCAUCAGCGAAAACUAGAAGCUGAACUCCUUCAGAUAGAGGAGCGACACCAGGAAAAGAAGAGGAAAUUCCUGGAAAGCACGGAUUCCUUUAAUAAUGAGCUUAAAAGGGUACCUAUUCCAUUCACUGACUGCCUUUAUCAUGUGCCUGUUACGUCACAAUGUAACUUGUACUGUCUUUAUAAAAGUGUUCCCAUUUUCUGGAAAAAUUACAAUAAAUUUGAGGUAUCGUGUAGUAUACAUUUAAGGAGUACGCCCACAGACAAUAGAGCCCGCUAAUGCUUUUGUUUAAAAUCUUUACAUCGUGAAUUAUUUUCACUUUAUUGUAAUUUAUUCAUAGAUGUUUUCAUUAGAACUGUAGUUCAGUUAGGGGUGGUGCUAUGUACCUUUGAUCCCAGGUAGAGGUAAGAGAAUCUCAGUGAGUUCAGGGCCAGCCUGGUCUACUUAGAGAGACCCUGUCUCAAAAAAAAAAAAAAAAA